AUGGGACCCCUCCCCAGUCACCUUUCCCCACUCCUCUUCCUCUCCCUCCUCCUCCUAGCCCAUCCCUGUACCUCCUUCAGGCCCCAGGUUGUGGAGCGAGCGUCUGGUCCCGAGCAGCCUCAGUCCUCUGCUAACACAACGGGGUCUGGCAAGCGGGCGUGUACGGGCGUUGUGGUGUGUAAACCUGGUAUCCUGCUGCCGGUGUGGUUGCCACUCAACCCUCCGCUGGGGGAGCAGGCGGGGAGGGCAGUGGUCUACUUCGCCUGUCUCAUGUACAUUUUCCUGGGUGUGUCCAUCAUCGCAGAUCGCUUCAUGGCAUCCAUUGAAGUCAUCACCUCUCAGGAGAAAGAGGUGACCAUCACCAAACCCAACGGAGAAACAACAGUAACGACAGUGAGGGUCUGGAAUGAGACUGUGUCCAAUCUUACACUCAUGGCCCUGGGCUCCUCUGCGCCUGAGAUCCUGCUUUCUGUCAUUGAGGUGUGUGGGCACAACUUUGAUGCAGGGGAGCUUGGCCCUGGCACCAUAGUGGGCAGUGCUGCCUUCAAUAUGUUUGUGAUAAUCGGCCUGUGUGUGGGGGUGAUCCCUGAAGGAGAGUCUCGCAAGAUCAAACACCUGCGCGUAUUUUUUAUCACGGCUUUCUGGAGUAUUUUUGCCUACAUCUGGCUCUACCUCAUACUGGCUGUCAUCUCACCUGGGAUUGUAGAGGUGUGGGAGGCCGCUGUGACGCUGCUUUAUUUUCCGGUGUGUGUGAUCUUGGCCUGGAUCGCUGACCGUCGCCUACUCUUCUACAAGUACAUGCACAAGCGUUACCGUGCUGACAAGAGGCACGGCAUCGUGGUGGAAAUGGAAGGUGACCUUGCGCCCAAAGGCAUUGACGUGAUCAUGGAUGGAAAGUUGUCAGACGGUGGUUCGUGUCCUGGAAACUCCUCCAGUGUGACAGUCUCUGUGCAGACAGGCAAUGAGCUUGACCAGAACAAAGAUGAGGUGGUCCGCAUCCUGAAAGACCUGAAGGAGAAACACCCAGACAAAGACCUGGACCAGCUGAUUGAGAUGGCCAACUACUCUGCCCUGGUCCACCAGAAGAAGAGUCGUGCCUUCUACCGUGUCCAGGCGACACGCAUGAUGAUUGGUGCUGGCAAUAUAUUAAAGAAACACGCUGCAGACCACUCACGUCGCUCAGGAGGCCAGGACUCUGACUUGGCCACAUGCUCACACAUUUGUUUUGAAAGUGCCCAGUACCAGUGCACAGAGAACUGUGGGUCUAUGAGCCUCGGGGUGAUUCUUGAGGGGGGCACAGGCCAGAACACUUUCUAUGUGGACUACUGUACAGAAAAUGGCUCUGCCAAUGCUGGGGCAGACUAUGAAUUCAGUGAGGGAACCCUGGUGUUUAAGCCCGGAGAGACCCGCAAAGAUAUCAAGGUGGGCAUCUUGGAUGACGACAUUUUUGAGGAGGAUGAGCAUUUCUUUGUGCGUCUUCAGAACCUGAGGUUAGAAGAAGGUGGAAAUGAAGGAGCAGGAAGUCCGCUCAAAGGUAGACUAGUGGAGCCGCUGGUUGCCACCGUCACUAUCUUGGAUGAUGACCAUGCUGGUAUCUUCACCUUUGGCCAGCGAGUGCUGCGGGUGAGUGAGAGCACGGGCACCCUGACAGUGACAGUGGUGAGGAACUCGGGCUCCAGGGGCACCGUUGCUGUGCCGUACCAUACAGAGGAUGGCAGUGCCAAGGCUGGGGUGGACUACGAGGAGACCAGAGGCGAGCUGGAAUUCACCAAUGAACAGACCAGUCAGAAUUUAAAAGUGCACAUUAUAAAUGUGGAGGAGUACGAGAAGCAAGAAAACUUCUUCAUUGUGCUUGAGGACCCCAAAUGGCUGAAGCGGGGAAUCUCUGGACACCCCACCCCUGAGGAGGAGGAGGCCCGGAGGAUCUCUGAGAUGGGCAAACCCAUUCUAGGAGAGCACAGCAGGCUAGAGGUCAUCAUAGAGGAGUCCUGUGAGUUUAAGAGCACAGUGGACAAACUGCUGAAGGACACAAAUCUGGCGUCAGUGAUUGGCACUCACUCGUGGAGAGAGCAGUUCAUUGAAGCAGUCACAGUCAGUGCAGGCGAUGGAGAUGAGGAGGAGGGACAGGAGCAGCGAAUGCCGAACUGCUUCGACUAUUUCAUGCACAUAUUGUGCAUUUUCUGGAAGCUUCUGUUUGCUUGCAUCCCACCCACCGAGUACUGGAAUGGCUGGGCAUGCUUCAUAGUGUCAAUCUCUGUCAUUGGUUUCUUAACAGCCAUCAUUGGAGACCUUGCUUCCCAUUUUGGCUGCACAGUUGGCCUUAGAGAUACUGUCACUGCGGUGGUCUUUGUAGCACUGGGGACUUCACUUCCUGAUACCUUUGCUAGUAAAGUGGCUGCGACUCAGGACCAGUAUGCGGAUGCAUGUGUGGGAAAUGUGACAGGAAGCAAUGCUGUUAAUGUGUUUUUGGGCAUUGGACUGGCUUGGUCCGUGGCUGCCGUGUAUUGGGAAGUCAAAGGUAAGGUCUUCCGUGUGGAUCCUGGCUCGCUGGCCUUCUCCGUCACACUCUUCACCAUUUUUGCCUUCUUGUCUAUGGGAGUGUUGAUGCUACGCCGGAGGCCGUCCAUAGGCGGCGAACUGGGAGGCCCGCGGAUCCCCAAAGUCCUCACUUCACUGCUUUUCUUUGGACUCUGGUUCCUCUACAUCCUCUUCUCUAGCUUGGAGGCCUAUUGCCAUAUACAAGGCUUCUGA